UUCAUUCGGCCAGCGACCCAAAGGAAAUUUUUAUACGAUACAGACUUCAUGCGCAGAGUACUCACUUGAAAGCCUCUGGAAUGAACUGUGGAAGGAUUUGAAAGAUUUCAUUACUGGACAAACUUGCAGGAUCAUGGACAAUCCUGAAGAGCAUCCCGAAGAGGAACUUGAAGACAAUGCAGACGAAGGCAUUGAUGUAGAAGAGGCUGGUACUGAAGAUCCAACGACAAAGAAGAAGAUAAGUAGGCAAAUUAAGGGGAUAGUGCGAUUGGAAAAAAUAAUUGCUGACAAAAUCAAAGGGAUAAAGAUAAAUUUAAGGUUUAACAAGAGAGGGCAAUCAAUUGGAACUCCGGAGAGAGUGUUACAAUGCUAUUUGGGGAUGCAAGCAAAGUCAAUGGUGUCGAUUACAUAUGAUAAUUGGCAUGAUGUUCCUGCUGCAACUUUAGAGAAUGUUUGGAAAGAUGUAAAUCUAGCUUUUCAUCUUAAUGAGGGAAUGAGAAAGGAAGUGAUGAGUUUAGUAGGCAUCAAGUGGAGGGCAUUCAAAACAUUUUUGACUAGAAGAUUUUUAGCACCUUUCAUUACCAACCCACAUUUAUUGGAAGAUAAUCCCAUUGCAUUAGAUGUGCCUCCAAAAAGAUAUAGCAUUCCUGAGGAAGAAUGGAAAAUCUUCGUCACCAAAAGAAAAAGUAAAGAAUUUCAAGAAUUUAGUAAAAAACAAAAAGAGAGGCGUGCUGCUUUGGAGUAUCCUCAUCGUUCAUCACGACGCAGUUAUAAAGAAAUAGAAUUUGACCUUCAAACUAAAUUAGGCAUAGAUGAACCAAUAGACCGAUCUAUACUUUGGAAGGAGGCAAGGAAAGAUGCAUCGGGAAAUUAUGUAAAUGAACGUGACAAGCUUAUAGGAGAUGCCAUUGAUGACCUUCUAGAUCAAAGAAAUGAGGGGACACUUGUAGAAGUUGGGACAAAUGAUAUAUUGACACAAGUGUUAGGGAAAAAGGAGCAUCCUGGUAGAGUAAGAGGCCAAAGUCGUGGCGUUACACAAAGAGACUACUUUUUGAAGCCAGCAGGAGGUUUUAGUGGACUUCAACAAUAUCAAUUUCAAUUUCAACAACACCAAUCGCAAAAAUACUUAGAUGACUUUAAAAAGUUAGAGCAAUCGUUUGAGCAAAGACUACGUAGUCAAGCUGAACAAUUUGAAGCAGAACGAAAAAGAGAAAGAGAAGAACGAGAAUGAGA